CGUUCAGUGACGAAUAAAACCUCGGACGUGCGUUAUUAAACGGCUACUAAGUGAUCCGCCGCCGUGGCACCACGCACACCGUCCGUCGCUCAUCGUCGACUCGUUUCUCCGACAAAACGUUUGUUGUUGUUCUUUUCGAAUAUUUCACUAUCACCGUCGUCAUCACCGUCAUCAUCGGUCUAGACGUCCGUUCAUUCCGUCUCGUCUCCGCCGUCCUCGUCGUCGCCGUCGUCGUCGUCGCCGCCCCGUCCCGGAACGGACUCUGUCACUAUACAGCAUCCGGCGGUUAUCCGUUAGGUCAGGUCCCGAUCGGGUCCCGUUGUCGCGUAACUCCCGACCGACGACGACGUUCAGCCGCCGACAGCCCAAAAAAGGUAAACCGUAUGCAUUAUUAUCGGUACACCAUAAUUAUCAUUGUUGUUCUGUCUGUUCGACAAAGGUUGUACACGUUUUUAAACGUAUAUUUAAAUCGAAAGGACCGCGUAGUAAUACGCACGAGGUGUUUGAAUGGUUUCAGAUUUUUCAAAUCGUUAUUUGACGAUUUAAUUUCACAACUCGUUCAGCGCGUUACUGUCGUUCUAGAACGGAACACAAAUUUCAUUAAAUUUACAUAAAUAUAUAUAUAUAUAUAUAUAAGUAUAGUUAUAUACUGUUAUUAGAUUUACGCGUAAACGAAUACUAUUUCAAGAGAAGAGGCCGGAACUAACGGAAUUGUUCGUGGUGAAAAUUUACCUACCCGGACUUUGUAACAGUUUAUCGCGUGUAGGGAAUAAUAAUUUUAAAAUUAAAAAUUCGAUUUAGUGACACGACCGUCCGGAAUAGCAUACAUUUUAUAGUAAAAUGUUCGCCAACUGCGUUGCGGGCGUUCAAGUCAUUCGGGCACGUUUAAAACAAAAAUGAUUUCAUAUUAGGUAUCAAGUUCAAGUUUAUCGCGGUGUACCUAUAUUAUCAGAUACAAGGUCGAUACGCGUGUUGAAUAAUCGACUCCCGAAGCAACCGUAUACUUUUACUGUGAAUAAUAAUAUUAUAAACUUGCGACGAUGUGCGGGGUUUUUAAUAAUUAACAAUACGAAUCGCGGUACUCGAGCGAUGGGACGGGAGUAUAAUAAUGCAGGCAAAUAAUACUCGUACAUAAUAGACACGCGAGUUCCCAUUUUGGUAUAAAAUAAACAAACGCCUUUAUAUAAAUUACGGAUUAUAAAAUGACCGAAAUCGAUUAAUGUUGUUGAACUAUCGAGUUUUCGGACUCUAUAUACAAAUGUACAAACGACGGUAUAAUUUUUCUAGAGGAAUUUUUUUUUCGAGUCGUUGAAAUACCCGAGGUUCUGUAUUAUAUGGGUACUGUAUAUUUUUAUUGUAUAUGCAAAUAUACUAUAUCUUAUACGACGUCCGUUAUAUUCAUUACGAUUUGUUCAAAUUCAAAUCUCAAAAAUAACUCGUGUAAUGAAACAUCCGACGAAUAUACGUGUAUGCAAUGUAUGGUUUGAAUAGUCCAACAGAUAAAAUAUACUAAACAAUAUUUCAAUGGGAUUUUUCUUUACACGCCUAUAAUAAUAAUGAUGAUGAUAAUAAUAAUAAUAAUAAUAAUAAUAAUAAUAAUAAAUGUCUUCAGCUUCAUGUAGGGUCGGGCAUUCGUUUGUGAAAUCCCGAAGCCUAUUGUCAUGAAGAUUCUCAGCAGAUAGGUACGUGACAGUAACACUCACGUUUGAUUUUCACCUGUAUUGUCCGGCGUUAAAUCUACCAUCGGAAACGUACCUAUACGUACAUGUAUGCACGAAACAAAUUAAAUCAAACACAAAACCGAACCCCUCUAAUUGGCGUAACCUGGAAAUUUCCAGAGUCAACGAGAUCGAGAAUUCUUUUUCUUUUUUUUUUCUCUGGGAAUAAAUCUGUUACAGUUACAGAAAUAGAAAGUACUUUCACCGUUUCUGCGCUUCAAUAACCGCGUGAACCCAUCAACGAAUUUUCAUUGCACUGUAUCCUUUCUCGAGCCGUCCAAAUGACGUUGUGCUGCACAGUGACACGUGGUUCGUGAACAUCGAACAGUACCGGAGUACAUUAUUAUAUUCGUCUUGUUAUCGAAAAACGUUUUCAUCGUGUUUUAUACACACACCAUUACAUCAAAAUACGAGUACAGUGUAUUGUUAAACAAUAAUAUAACAUAUUAUAUUAUACAUAUUUUAUUUUUUCUUCUAAUUUUUUACGAAUUCGCGAUUACUUUUAAUAGAAUAAAAAACAACAACAACAACAACGUAAUCUUGGACAAUUAUUACGGUAAUUAAGAAAAAUAUUAAAUUGUGAAAAACAGUUACGGAGCAUUAUAAAAUUAAAACGACUUUAAGAAAGUGAAAUGAUUUCAUAUAGUAUAUAUUAUAAUAUUGUAUAGGUAGAGAUAGUGUCGUUAGUAACAUAAUGAUUGUAAAUGAUGAGAUGGAAAGUGGAUUUUUUUCUAGUUUAGCGUAUUAUUACACCCGAAAGUGUAUACAUAUUCUAAUGGCCGUAGUUCAAUAAAAACAAAAUUAUCGUCGAUGUUACAUGUUAUCAAUAUUUUAGAAAACUAAUAUGAACAAAGCAAUGAUUGUUUUUUUAUUUUUAAUCAAAUUUAACGCACUUAUAUAUUUUUACAGAAUUUAAAAGGACUGCUUCCAAAGGAUGUCAACAAUCUUUCAUGAGAUUCCGGUGUAAUAAUACAAUGUUUACAAUGUUCGUCUGGGUUGUCGCUGUAUUGCAGGCGAUUUUAGUGUCGGCUAAUACGGAAUCACGGUCUUAUCAUUCAGCGCCAAACACGCAAACCAAUUAUAUAAUUACAUCAAAGCCGUUCACCGUUAGAGAUGAUGCGAAUGCGGGGACAAUAAAAUGGAGACGGGACACCAUAACUGGCGCUUCGCUAAUAGGGGCGUCAGAUCCGACCAGAAUGAAAUAUUCCAUCGAGUGUACAGACCACAACGAAUGUGCCGGUAUCGAAUUAGGCGGAUCUGAUGCUACGUUUAAACCGUACACUCAGGACGAACUUAACAGAAUACUUAAGCGUUACGGUGAGGCGGACAGCGAGCCUGAAUCGUCUGAUAAGGUAUUGACUUAUGAUGACAGUGGUAACCAAGACAAAUCAAAGGCGUCGUGGAAUCUAGUAGAUCCUGCGGGACAGAGCCCGAAAAACCCAUACGAUGAUCGACGCGGAUGGGUGACUUUAGAGCCUAUGGCCUGGUCUUCUUCACACAUCCAGAAAUGGGAACCGAACAAUCGCCCAACAUGGCCACCACCACCUCAAGACCACGCACAACCUAGUUACUCCCCGUGGGCCAGUAAUAAACCUAUACAACGACCCAGUAAUAACUAUCAUCAAUCCCAACCGCAGUCUCCUGACUGGACUACCGAGCGUCCUUGGAUUCGACCCACUUACGAUUAUUCGUCUAAGCCACCACAAGGUCCUCAUUAUCAAAAACCGUCAGCUCCGCAGAACUCGCAAAACUUUUACGGAUGGAAUAACGCGGAUCAGGAUAUAAUCACGGAUGGCAAACCGGGACAGUUUCCAGCAGACGCCUACCAUAAACCAUGGAACGGUGAUUACGGCCAAUCGUCCUAUGGUCCGAGACCUACAGAAUCCGAAGGUGAUGGUCAAUGGGUGCUCCUCUCCAGCACUAAAGGAUAUUCGAUUCCACAUCGACCCAAUCGAAGCCUACAGGGUAGAUCGAUUUCCAUAGAUACAGUAAACAGUCCGAUAGAAACCACGGGAAGAACGAACGAAAUGGCGGGUAGAUCGGCGGAUACGGCCAGUCGGCCAAUAACAUCAAAGAGGACGGUGCGAUUAAUGGUCUUGCCGCCAGAAAAAGAUUCACAAAAUGUGACUACAUCGCACAAUGGUAUGAUAGAAGUGGACGUAUCGAGGAAAUCUGUGGAUCAAGAACAAAGGGAAUUCGCAGCUAGGGCACUCAAGGAAACCGAAAACGACGUGCAAGUGUUUUCCGAUAGAUCGGCAAAAACCAACGACGACCGCAGGGCUGUAUUGGCCGCCGUGGGUGCAGGGAUGCUGCCCGCAGCUACCAUGGCAAUGUUUCUACCAAUGAUGGUGGCAAGAAAACGUAGGGAUCUCGCGCCCAGACCCGAAGUCAUCCUGCGGCAUCAUGUAUAUCCUAGAUAAUGGUUAACUUUAAUGUAUGAUUAAUAAUAUUCCUUCAUUUCAAUGUCAUGUUUUUGCGCGUUCCGCUCAAUGUUUAUUUGAUGUCGUUGCCAAUAUCCUAAGUACCUUCUGAGCACUGUUAUGUAACUACACAUUAUUAAUUAUUUAUUUAUUUUAUGUAAUAAUUAUUUUAUUUUAUUCAUACUUUAUUUAUUUAUUAAGUAUAUACUUGUAUAUUGAUUGCCGUAAUUUAACAUGCAGUAUGACAUUUUACGUUAGUAUUAAGUGAAUAUUUUGGGUAAAAGUGAAAUAAAAAUAAACACGUUGUAUUUAUUCGAUAAAUAAAACAUUGUAUAUUAUUACGUAUAAAAAAAAAUAUAAAAUUUAAAUUAAUAUUUACAUAGACAAUAGAACAUAGCUGCACAUUAUUAUAGUAGCUAUGUACCGAAUACUUAAGUAUACAACAUGUAGUUAAAUAUUUAAUUCAAACACAUAUAAAUUUUUCUCUUAAAAACAUAUUACAAAUCGAUAUAAUUUACAAUAUGUUUGUAGAUCCCAAAACUUGAGCCUAAAAAAUGCCAUUAAUAAUUGUAUGAAACAUUUUUUAGGUUAAGUUUUUAGUCUUGAAAAUAUUAUAAGAGAAAUUCCCCAGUUCAUUGUACAUUCCCAUCAAUUCACCAAACUUAUUCUAACACUGUUUAACGUAUCUAAUUUGAAUAAAUUCUGUGUCUUAUUGAUCUUCGUUGCCGUUUUUCAUGGGUUGUAGUGGAUUCAGGCUUAAUAAUUUGUUCUUGUUUAUUUUCAGACUGUUGUCUUUCAUUGGACUUUUGUAGAUUUCUAACCAUAUGUGUCAUUCUUCUCUGAAUGGCGUUGACAUAUUGCGUAAAGCUGGCAGCUGUGUUUCUCAAGAUCUCAAUUCCCAUUUUCAAUUUUACUUCAGCCACUUUUCUUAAAAGGUCAACUAAUGAAAAUUGAUUAUUGUUAGUAGGAGGUGAUUCUGAUGAUGGAGUCGUUUUGGUUGAGCUAGCCAUUGUAGAUGUUGUCGUAGAUGUCGUUGUAGAUGUAGAAUAUAUUAUAUCACCAUCCGUCUGAUUUUCGGUCGUUUUAACGACAGUUUCUUCGGUGGGCUUUGAGGUUGUUUCUUCUGGUAAUUGAGCAUCAAUUUCAUUAAGUUCGUCUACUUGACGUCUUAUUCUUAAGUUUCGGGGUCCAUGUUCCAUUUUCAUAGUUUGAUGUACAUUCACUGAUAUUUGUUCAGAGUUUAUACUCGGAUCAUAGAAUUUUGGUACACCUUGUAAUGCGGAAAAUGUAGGAUCUGCUGACGACGCGGUGGAACUUUCUUUUUCUUCUGCUCGGUGGUUUUCAAAAUUAUAGUUUACAGCAACAGCUUCUUCUUUCGGUACAUCUUGGACAUAACCCGGAUAUUUGGGCGAUUCAAAAGAAGAUGGAUCUUCCUGAUAAGCUCCUUUUACCUGUGAAGUACUCUGAUAUUUAGGUUGUUCGUAAGCAUUAGAUGAAUCAAACUUGAGUUGUUCAUAUUGGUGGUUUUGGUAAGUCUGAUCUUGGUUGUCAAGGGAUUGUUCAAAUGUUGGUCCCUGUGAUGUGUCUAGAGAUGAAUAUGAUAAUUUUUCUUGGGGAGGAUUUAAGUCAAUUUUUGUGUACUUAGACGUAUCUGGAGUGGAAUAUUUAUUAGAAUCGGGUCCAGCAUAUUUUGUACUUUCAACAACUGCGUACUUAGUUCCGUCAUGUGUUGAAUAUUUUGUAGUGUCAGCUGCUGCAUAUUUAGUUGCAUCAUGAGCAGAAUAUUUAGGUGUAUCAGCUGUUGCAUAACUAUUUGUAUCAUGCGCAGAAUAUUUAGUAGUGUCAUGGGCAUUAUAUUUAGGUACAUCCUGAACGGCAGGGUAUUCGGCUGAUUGGUAAGAUGGCUUGAAUUUAGGAACUGCAUCAGGACGCUCUCUACCGUAAGGAUUAUGACCAUAAGACAUUCCAGACAACACUUGUCCGAAUACUUGUUCUUCAGGUUGAGAAUUAUCAGUUUCAGGUGGUAUAUAUCCAGGCCCAUUUCCAUGGCUAUGGCCAUGAACAUGAGGAUCAGUACGCCUUAAUGGUACCAGAGGUAUAGCAGCUCCUCCUAAUGGUGAGUACAAUAGCAAACCUGCUAGACCAGCUGUUAACAUUAAGCCUACUAAACCGACACCUACGUUGGGCAUAACUUCACGAGCUAAAUAGUUAUAAAUUCGAGUCGAUAAUGGUCGACCUGAUGUUAUUUUAGUAUUUUGUUCGUCAAUUUUACUUUGCGCGUCAUCAUUUGAAGUUUUAAUUGGUUUACGCUUAUUCUUGUUCUUCUUCUUUUUCUUCUUUUUCAACGAAGUGUUCUUUGCAGUAGUAUUAUUUGAUUCUGUAACAUUUUGCAUCAUUUCUGUAGAGUUUUGUGAUGUAACCGAAGUCGAAGAAUAUGAAGUAGAAGUAGGAGGUACAGUAGUAGAAGAUACUUGAAUGGUAUUAUUAAACAAAGGCUUAGAAAUAACGACGGCAGUCGAAGUUACUUUAGUUGUCAACGGUUUUUCUGCUUUUUUGGUAUUGUUUGCAGACGGUCUUUGUCUAGGAGGUACAUGAGGAAAAGUGACAACAGGGGUUCCAAAUCUUGUAUUGUUAUCAAGAGAAGGUAGUUCAGAAAGAGGAGUUGUAGAUUCUUCAACUUUGUCUUUUAUUGUGGUUGUAAUAGGUAUUUUACCAACAAUUACAGGGGUCUUAUUUUUAAAUUUAGAAUCUUGUAAUUUUAUUGGAGAAUCAGUUGAUUGAGAAGUGCUAAUUUUUUCAGUAGUCGUUGUUGGUUUCCUCUUUCUAGUAGUACUAGUAGUAUCAUAUGUUUGAAUAAAUGAAGAAGCAGUUGUAUCGGCUGGUUUAGGUACUUUCUUAAUCGUUGCCAUAUUUAAAGGCGCAGGAGAUGAUUCUCCACCCAAAAGAAUCCAAGUGGACAAAUCUCCAGUCGGUCUCGUCGAGCCGUCUGAUGAAAUUUUGUAACUAUAUGGACCGACAGCGUGAACAUCAUCAUCAGUAAGUACUGGCACCGCUUCUCCUUUUAAAGGCGUUUCAUUUUUUUGAACCGUUCUUAUUUCCGAUGAAACAAUCACAUUGGUAGAUGUGGACGUUUGGAGAAGUUGAUCACUAACAGAUUUUACGGAAUCUCCUAUUGGUGGAGCUUUUGUAGUAUGAGAACGGGCGUCACCUGCUUUGAUUGAAGUCUCUGCGAAAACCACAAUCGGUGUUGCCGUGUCUUCUUUCCUAUAAAAGCAA